GAGUAGACGCCGUCACCUCUGUGCGGUCUCGAGGUGGCGGAGCAAGACUGUUUUUCCGCAGGAGCUGCCAUGAACAGGCGGAACCAGGUGUCGUACAAGAGGCCAGACGAGCCGACGUUUCUGGCGCGCUUCAAGGAACGGGUCGGGUACAGGGAAGGGCCCACCGUAGAGACCAAGAGAAUCCAGCCCCAGCUCCCAGAUGAAGACGGUGAUCACAGUGACAAAGAAGAUGAACAGCCCCAAGUGGUGGUUCUAAGAAAGGGAGACCUGUCAGCUGAAGAAGUCAUGAAAAUUAAAGCAGAAAUAAAGGCUGCCACAGCAGAUGAAGAACCAGCUCCAGCCAAUGGAAGAAUCAUGUACCGAAAACCAGUCAAGCGUUCCUCUGGUGAAAAAUACUCAGGCUUAAGAGCAAGCUCAAAGAAGAAGAAGACAAAGGCAAAGGGAAUAAAUGAGCAGGACUCAGUUAAAAAGAACUCACAGAAGCAAAUCAAAAACAGUUGUCUCCUUUCCUUUGAUAAUGAAGAUGAAAAUGAAUAAAUAUUUUGGACCUAG